GCAAAUAGCCCAUCUUCGCUCUACCCACCAAACAUCUCGCCCGUGCCAGCGUCACCCUCAGCAUCAUCCGCUACCAUGAACGCCAAUGAGCAGGCUCACCAGAGCAAUUCCGGUGCCAGAAAGCCGCCUUUCUUCUUCCGCGAAGAGUAUUCCGGGUUCAUCGUCAAGGGCAACUUCAUGACCUUGGCCGCCAAGCCACAGCUCAUCGAGGAAGGCGAGUGGAUGGCACAUCAGAUCGUCGAGCAGAAUCGCCUCUUGGCAGGUAUGAUCAAGAUUGUGCAGACCGAGGACCGUAGCAAGGGCAUCUGUCUGUGCAAUGAAAAGUCUUGCCCAAGCAUGUCCGCUGGCGCCACUACCUACACCUGGAUUGACACUAGCCGCAACCCAAUCAACCUCCCAGCCUCUACCUACAUGAAGCAUAUUCAGACGUGGGUCGCUGGCAAGAUCCAGGACGAGACUACCUUCCCCACGCAAACGUUCCAGCAAGCGCCGCCACUACCAAACCCAGCACAGGCUGCCACUGAUCCGAACCACUGGCUUGGCAAGACAUCCGGCUUCAGCAACCGGUUUGAAACGGAGAUCAAGAACAUGUACAAGCAGAUGUUCCGAUGUUACGCCCACCUGUACUGGUCACACUGGAUGGACUACUGGCAUCUAUCGGCGUACCGUGACCUCAACACGUGCUUCAUGCACUUCAUCAAUGUGGGGCGCAUCUUUGGUCUGCUUCCAGAGCGCGACACAGAGCCAAUGCAGCCGCUGAUCGACCUGUGGGUCCGCAACGGCAGCCUUCCA